GCUGAGACGUCGGCAGUCUGUGAAGUAGUGUAUACGCAAACGGGUUUGUUAUUUCGAAGUUUUCCUACAAUUUUUCAACAUUUCCGGUCGUAAUUGAUUGCAAACGCUUUGGAUUGAUUUCUUGCGGUGGAAGCUAUUGGUGCGAGCAUCGAUCAGCUGUGCGCUGCCGUUUCCUCGCCGUUGCAAACAUCAUCAGUGCGGCGGUACUCGAUCAUCAUCGGCACCGCCAUCCCGUCAUCAGCAGUCGUCGUCCGAUGAUAGUAGUGUCAGCACCAACCUUCGAGCUAGCAGCGGCCGAGCAACCAAGCAGUCGUCCAUCUUUGAAUCGUCGAAUAAGCAGCAGCAGCAGCCUACUACGUGCCGUGUAGUUUUCGCUUUUUUCGCGACAUUCGUUCGCAUUCAUUCGGCCCGUAAAGUGCUGAGGAAGGAUAUCUCGGAAACAUUCUCUCGUGAGGGGACAGGAGUGAAAGCAUUCGAAAAAGUGUAGUGCGUAGUGCGGAUUAAAAGGGAAAAUUUCCCACCUUUCUUUUUUUCGGUUCUCCACUCCGACGAAUGGUCGUCGCGUAUUUUGUGCGAAAUCAUCGUCAUCGCUUGGUUCGUGGUCAUUUCCAAGCAAGCAAAAACGGAAAAUAGUGCACCGAAACACUAGUGAAAAGCUUUUCCGCGAGUGUGGAUUACUUUUCCGUCAGCCAAGAUGAGUUGCCCAAUGCCGGAGAUCGGUUCCUGCAUAUCGCUGAUUUCGAAAGCCGACAUCCGAUAUGAGGGCCUGCUGUUUACCGUAGAUCCGGACCGUUGUACCAUUGCUUUAGCACGGGUAAAAUCCUACGGUACGGAAGAUCGCGAGACGCAAUUCCCGAUCGCACCGCAGAACCAAUGCUACGAUUACAUUCUGUUCCGUGGGUCCGACAUCAAGGACAUCCGCGUCAUCAACAACAAUCCGGUGCCGAACGAUCCGGCCAUCAUGCAGAUGCACCUACCGCCACAGCAGCCACUGCCGCCGAUGCAGAACAAGCUCGGUCAGCCGGGUUUCCAGACGCAACCGGGCUUUAUGAUGCCUCCCAUUGGUCCCGGCGGACCCGGUCCGAUGGGUGGUCCACCACCCGGUCAUCAACCGAUUGGUCAGCCCUACACGUCGUUCGGCGGAAUGAACAAUCUUGGAGAAUCGGUUCUAGAUUUGAUCGGUGGAGGAGCUGGUGGAGCGGGUGGUGCUGGAGGAGCCAGCGGGUCUCGCUCGACAACCCCGAGCAAUUUGCUGUCCCGUAAGAGCCCAACUGUCGACAUGGGCGUGCAAACGAAUCAGCAACAGCAGGGAGCCGGUCAGCAACAGCAGAACAAUCGUGAUGGCAACCGCAGUGGUGGUGAUGGAGGCAACUUGGACCGCGGUAACAUGCAACCGCGUAAUCGGAACAACAGCCAGCGCAGUCAGGGUCAGCAGCAACAGCGCGAGAGACGCGAUUCCGGCAAGAACGAUGGCCAGUUGAAGGAUAACUAUAACAAGAACAUGCAAAGACAAGGAGGUGGUAAUCAGAACCGUGGCUGGCAUAAUAAUCGUGGCAAUAACCAGAAUAUGAACAAUAACAUGCGUGGCCGUCCUCGUGGACGUGGAGGUCUACCGCAGAGUGGAAACCGCGCGAAGAAUCUGCUCAAGUUCGAGAACGACUACGACUUCGAGCAGGCCAACAGCAAGUUCGAGGAGCUCCGAUCCCAGCUGUCCAAACUCAAGGUGGGCGAUGAAGCAAAACCCGAGCAGUUGAACACAGAACAGAUGGAUAAGCAGAAGGAUGAUUCUGGUAACGAAACCGGUGCCGGAGACCACGAGCAGGAAGAGGAUGAUCUGGUGUGCUACGACAAGGCCAAGUCGUUCUUCGAUAACAUCUCUUGCGAGGCGAUCGAGCGGGCGAAGGGCAAGCAACAACGUACUGAUUGGCGACAGGAGCGUAAACUGAACACCGAAACGUUCGGUGUCGGAUCUACCCGGCGUGGAGGCUACAACCGACGCGGUGGCUACUAUAACCGCGGUCCGCACAAUUACCGCAACAACCAAUACCGUGGCGGAAACAACUACCGGGGUCGCAGCGGUAACCGCCCCAACCAACACAACCAACCCAACGGUCUUCCUCACAACACCAGUCGCCUCAACACCAACCAGCAGCAACAGCAACAAGCGCAACAGCAGCAGGUAGCGUCCCAGCAACAGCAUCAGCAGCAACAGCAGCAACCAGCUGUUAUAGAGGUUGCGGCAGGCAAAUAAUGCUGUAAAACAACAAAGGAUGUACUUUUACUUUUAAAAAGCUGACCAGAGUUCCGUAAAAGCUUAUCACCAAAUAAAAGAAGACCAAGCAGGAAGUAGCAGAAGAACAAAUUAGAAAAGCAUGAUGAGAGGUCCUGCUGCGGAGCUGUACUCCCGGGAGCGUUAUUUGCAACCUCUUCCUGGUCUCCGGAUAAACGCACUGAACAAUCACCAGCAAUCGUUUAUUUAUUAUGCAGCACAGGGAGAAAGUAAUCAAGAUAACCAGACGAACAGAGUGUGAAUCGAAACGGACUCGAGAGAAGACGUAAGGAAUUGCUCACCUAGGGUUAGAAGAAGAGAUACUGUACAAUGUUCGUAGGGCCACUCGCUGCAACAGCGACGGAGAGCGCUCGAAUCCGAAGAACCGAAACUUCAAACGUUGUCGAUAGUCCGGACCGUGUGCAUCAGGGAAAACAAAAAACGAGGACAACGUCGAACGUGUGUCCCCACCCCAAAAACUUCCCUUUCCCACGAAACGGUGCCAACCCGGAACCAACGAACGGAGAAUGCUAAACUAGAAAAAACAACCUAAACUGUAACCGCCUUCUUUCCCUUCGAUUCGGUGUUCCACCACCACGCCGUGGUGGUUGUUCGUUAAGAUGAGAUUUGUUUUUCUAUUGCUGGCAACGGAAAAUUCAUCGUCGUCAAAUCAGGGAAACGUGUGUGCAUCUAGAAAAUCAAGACCAAGGAGGAAGCAGAGCAGCUCCACAAUCGUGAGUAGCAGAGAUGUACAGUUUUAAGCAGAAGUCAUCAUCACAUGUGGGGGGAGAAAUUACGAGCGACGUGAAAGUUUGGGUAAAUAGAUGAAUUUAGAAUUACGGUAGAGUUUUGCUGCCCGGGAGAGUAAGGGCGACCCCUACGGCAGGACUUCAGUCGAGCGAGGAGAUAGGAAAAGAAGGAACUUUGUAGAAUUUUUGGAAAUGUGAAGUGAAUGAGCAACACUUUUUGCGUUAAGAAUGAAUACCUAUAAUGAUUAAGCUAAUGUUUGAAAGAGCUGAAAAUUGAUAAUACUACUUCCCUAGAACAGUAGAGGAGAUCAAAAAGUGUAAAAGAAAUGACAAAAAUUGAAGCAAGAAGCAACACAAUUUAGAAUUUAGGAAGCCAAGAGUACAUCGAAUGAUGUCAUGAAACGAGAGUCGUUCCAGCGAAUGAGAUGAGAGAUGAAGUAGAUUAUUUCCAUUGAGAAGAAGAGAGCUGAAACCCACCGCCGGAGUCAACCGAGGAAAUCGAUCAAAGAUUUGAAAGAUUAUAUUAUUUGGAAGCCAAGGUAGAGAGCAACGUCACUGAAAUUGAUAUUCAAACUGUGCGUAAUAGAGUACUUAUGGUGAGGAGACGAAUGCGCUGCGCGGAGAUUUUUCUUGUUUAAUGUUUAUUGAUUUCCUCACUACACAGCUUAUUUUCCUAGUUAUUAUUUUCUUUAUUUUUAAUUUAUAGUUUUCUUCUUUUAACCUAACCAAAAAUGCAUGCAUUUUCCUUGAUGCGAGGAAACUCUGGUGCGGUUGAGUUUAAUUUUCGUUUUGUUUUCUACGACUUGUUAAUAAGCAACAAACCUCCUCCUCCGGGGUGGGCAGUUUGAGUUAGGGAGCGCGAUAUUACGACGGUCUCUCCGGCGGGCUGUGUGGGGCUCUCGGUCGCUCUCGGCACACUGGGCCACUCGCAACUAAACGAUAGAAUGUUAUUUCAACAGGUAUACCCGUAAUCUCGCAUAGCAUUUCGUUGGAGGUGAAGAUUGUAAACCCGUUUCGUUUUUUUUUUUUCUGGAGAAAGGAUUUUUUGAGAUGUUGCGAAGAAAUGAGGGAACUAACUAUGUAAUAAUUAUGAUUAUGAUAAUAAUAUUGAAUGAUUAUAAAUAUUAUACGGUGGAAACGAAAGGUCGAGUUGAA